AUCACCUAGCUUUGUCGCUUCGUCACGACUCACACUGGUUUGCCAUUGCCAUUGCCAAGCUUCUCGCCAUGGAAGCUCUCCUCUCCUCGCCGCGAGCUCUCUUCUCCGUCACGCCGCAGACACCGUCCUCCUCGCGGUGGGCGUCCGCCAGGCGGAGGCGCCCCGCUCCUCCUGCCGCCGCCGCCGCCGAGCCAGCCGGGGAGGAGAAGAAGCCCGCCGCCGCCGCGGCCGGCGACGGCCAGGCGGCCUCGCCGGCGCCCAAGAAGAUCCUCAAGAAGAAACCUGUCUACUCAAUGAAGAAGGGCCAGAUUGUGCGCGUCGAUAAGGAGAAAUACUUGAACAGCAUCAACUAUCUGUCAGUUGGACACCCUCCUUUCUACAAGGGACUAGACUACAUCUACGAGGACCGUGGCGAGGUUUUGGACAUCAGAAUCUUUGAGACUGGGGAAUACGCCCUGAUCGCUUGGGUUGGGAUCCCAACUCCACCGGCAUGGCUGCCAACUUACAUGCUCAUCAAGUCGGAUAAACUCGACUACGAGAGAAUAUGAUGUGCACGAGAUCGAAGGCUGCCUUCAAGCUUAGCUCCGCAAGAAUUGUGCUCCGGUGGGAGAUCGAUCGAUCCAUCCAUGGGGUUGCUAGACUGGAGUGAUUUCUUUUGGAGGCAAUUGUUCCCUGCAUUGCAGUUAUUCCCCAUUUCCCCCUUAUUCUGACCACUGUAUAUUGAACAAAUUCAAGUGGUCAUAUUUAGAGCUACACAACAGUUCAUAUUCGUUCGUUUUGGAUGUUGCCAACCUGCAUUCAUUCUAAUCGUGUUCUGUGAGCUUUACCAUGCGCACAAAAAAACAAGUUUUC